AUGUUUCGAUACUUGAAUGACGUGGACGAAGACCCCUUUAUGAUGGAUCCGUUCGCCGCUCACAGGCAGCAUAUGAGGAGCAUGUUUGACCCUUUUGGGAUGGAUCCUUUUGCUCUUGCGGUGCCACAGAUGCAGGUGCGUCCAGCACGCAGACCGGUGACUGCGCCUGGCCCACUGGCUCCCUUUGGCAUGAUGGGAAUGGGCGGAGGCUUCAUGAAUAUGUUCGACAUGAUGGGAAACAUGAUGGGAAAUAUAGAAAGGAUGACAGGAUCUCCAAACUGCCAGACAUUUUCUUCUUCAACUGUGAUUUCAUACUCAGCCACAGAUAGUGGCGCUCCUCAAGUGUAUCAACAAACCAGCCAAACGCGGACAGGUCCAGGCGGGCUCCGUGAAACUCGUCAGUCGAUGAGAGACAGUGAGAGCGGUUUAGAGAGACUCGCCAUCGGGCACCACAUCGGGGAACGGGCACAUAUAAUGGAGCGCUCUCGAAACCGCCGCACCGGAGACAGAGAGGAACGACAAGACUAUAUCAACCUGGAUGAAACUGAUGCUGCGGCGUUUGAUGAAGAGUUUAGGCGAGAGGCAGGAAGGUACGGCCCGAGCCCUCGAUCCCUAGACUACCGUGAGCGACGCGCAGGCGGGCAACAGCUGGCCCUCACUGCCCCCCCGACUGACGACUCCCCAUCGAGCCUCCGACAAGAGUCUCCGAGACACCGCCAGCAUCAGCCCCGCCCUCGUUAUGACUGGUGA